CAGAAUACCGUCCGACUCGGGAAGGGGGAACCGGUGCGCGUUCUCCCCGCAGGCCGCCGACGGUCGGAACGAACGUAGCGACGGACUCUCGGGCACGUCGUCAGUCAGCGACCGUCGUUCGUGGUACGCACCGGCCAACAACCAACGACGUCGUAUCAGCUGGUCCGCUGUACGUUCACGUAACGCUUUUCGGUUUCCUCUAUUGCGUUUGGAUUUUUUUUUCUUUUUCUUCGUCCGAUUAACGCAUCCGUAUCACCUCAUCUGCCACCGUCGCCGAUCACGUAACUACGUUUAUCAAAAAAAAAAAAUCAAAAAUCUAUACGCAGGAAACGCAGUCGCGCAGAAGAGUUGAUGCAUCGCGAUCCACAACUGUUUCAUCACCGCGUUGACGAUAUUCUCGCUACGCUCCGACGUGCACUGUUCACAUCGUAAACCCGUCCGCCGUCCGAAGACCGUAAGUACAUGUAAUCACAACGCGAGGUCGCGAUUCCAAGCAAUAAUCCAAGCACCUCCUUCGUCCCAACAGCAAUUCCGUAGUGUUAGUUAUGCGUUUCCGCGCCGGUUUCGGUCGCUCGUACGCGCGACGUUUUGUCAACGGACAACAGCCGUAUUCGAUUUGCUCUCGGAGUCCGUUUUAUCGUUUUUUUUUUUUCUCGUCGACGUUUCGUUGAUCAUCGAUAUCAGCUAUUGAACUAUGACCGCUUCUGUUGUACACCAUACUCUCCGCGCUCAAUCGCACCGUUCCGUAGUAUUAUUUUGUUUGCCAGUACACAGUGAUCGACGGACUACGAUCGUUAUCGUGUCAAUGCAUAUAUCGUCAAUCGUUGUCGUGUUCGUAUUUGUAUUUGUUAUUUUAUAUUUAUUUGGGCUCAUAUUUGUAGUAUAAUAUGCCAAAAGAAAAAAAAAACAUAAAUUAAUCGGUUGAAAAGUUUCAUUUUGGAAUUUGGGGGUAAUGUAUUUUCCGCAGACGGAAGAGUUUUAUUUUGUAAAUUAUGUGAAAUUAAAAUAGAAUAUGAACGACGAUCUAGUGUAAUACAAUAUAUACAAAUAGUUACAAAUGUGAAAAUGAUUAAGCGGAGGGAAAUGUUCAAUACAAUAACCCAACAAAUGAUAACACACACUUAUACAACUAAGAAGUCUACUUUUAAUAUGGACUUAUGUAAAGCAUUGGUAUCGGCUAACAUUCCGCUAAAUAAAUUAUCGAACAAAGUAUUUCGAAAUUUUUUGGAAUCUUACACAAGGAAAGAGAUACCGUACGAAACAACUUUAAGAAAAGGCUAUAUUGAUGAUUGUUUUAUUGAAACUAUGCAAAAAAUAAGAGAAUAUAUUUCUGAUCAUAAAAUUUGGAUAUCGAUAGACGAAACGACCGAUGCUGAAGGUCGAUUUAUCGCAAACGUGAUUAUCGUUACUUUAGAAGCUGAAAAAUCUGGAAAAAUAUUUCUUUUGAACACUGAAGAACUGGAAAAAGCCAAUUAAUCUACAGUUAGUAAGCUAUUUGACAAAUCUCUUUCUAUAUUAUGGCCAGAUGGUAUAAAACAUGACAAUGUUUUAUUAUUUUUUUUCGGACGCAGCUCCUUACAUGGUGAAAUAUGGUCAAACGUUAAAUGGUUUAUAUUCCAAAAUGAUACACGUUACAUGCACUGCUCACGGGCUACACAGGGUGGCUGAACAAGUACGAAGCCAAUAUAAAUCUGUUGAUCAGCUGAUUUCAAAUAUCAAAAAACUAUUUAGAAAAGCUCCAUCUCGCAUGUUUCUUUUUAAAACUGAGGCACCGGAUUUAUCUUUACCUCCAGAGCCAGUAAUAACACGGUGGGGCACCUGGAUAAACUGGGAAAAAUAUUUGUAGAAAGAUGAAAAAUGUAUUGAAGAAAAAUGUUGGCCUUGCUAUGCUAAAGAAAAUUAAAAACAUUCUUAACGGUGAAUUAAUUGACAUGAAAGACUUACCAGAAUACUUAGAUAUUAAUGAUCUGAUAUAUUUUAAAUAUGCUCCCAUCACAUCGGUAAACGUAGAAAGAUCAUUUUUCACCUAUAAAACUUUACUUACAAAUAAUAGAAGGUCUCUCAAAGUCGAGAACAUAAAAAAACAUUUGAUAAUCCAGUGUAACGCAAGUAAGUACAUAAUUAGAAUUAUAAAAUGAUUAUUUUUUAAUAAAUAAAAAUUGUAAUUGAUCGGUAUAGAAAAUGCUAAGUGUUGAAAAA